CCGUUUCGUCCUUUCUGCUCAAAAAGUGAUGUAUGACCACCCACGGCCGCUGUUGCCGCGGCGAAGCCUCCUUCGCGUGCACACCGCUAGCCGCAAAGCACGAGGACCGUCCGUCACAGACCUUCCGCGCCGCUGCACACGUCGCUCCUCCUGCGUGCGCGGCGUUCAGUUCGACUGGCUCUUGCGGCUUCUCGAUAUGUGCCUCAACGUCUACCCGCUCGUCUCCUUCUUGGCCACCUCGUCGCUUGUGGACAAUCUUCUCAUGCGCCAAGCGUCCUUUAUGGACGAUAUCGUCCAUGGCGUGUACAACUUGACACCGCUUCUGCCCGUUGACGUCAAGAUCCAAAGCAUUUUGCAACAAGGACAUGCAGGACAGAGCAAGCGCAUCGGCGUUCGUGAUGCGUCCCUCGCAUUUCCCGGCGGCAACCACUCGCUCAGCUGGUGCAUGCGCGUCAACAUCUCGCUCGGCGUUCAGUACCAUACCAUGUACAACCACGACGGCGUGUCCCGGCGACUGCUACGGUUCGUGCACACCAAUUUACCGCCGAGUUGCGUCGGAUGGACCGUCGCGCCGGGUGGCAGCCACGACGCACCACGCCUUCACGUUGUGGAUGAUGCACGGUCCGGCUACGGCACCUCGUAUCUGCACUGCACCGAUCAACGGUACUACAUACCACCGCUCGGUCAAGCGACCAACGUGAGCCAAUUCCGGUUUCGAGCCGGGUACAUCGUCGCCCAGCAGCGCGACGCGGGAGGUGAUUUGAGUGUCGAGACACACAUUUCGCAGUGCAAAGCCGAGAAGAUCGGCGAUUCACUGGUAUACAAGGUGUCGCCGGCGAUCGAGGGCGAUGACACCGAAGACGUCAACAUCCUCUUUGGCCAAAAGAGUCGGUUGCUGACGCUUCUGGACUAUGCCGGUCAGAUGAUCGUGCUCAGUGUGCUGCUGUUUGAAGCGACCCGGGCGUCGGUGCCGUCCGUCACACGCGUUCCGACGCAGUCGUUUGCCUGGUAUGCGACGGCGAUCCCGUGGCUCUCACGUGACCACGUGUCAUUCAUUGAGUUCAUGGAUGUGGGGCACUCGGUCAUGAGUCUCUCGCAGCUCUGGCUCGCCAACCCGUGGUAUCUCAUGGGCAACUGCAUGUACGCGAUCGGGACAACCCACGAGACCCAGACACUGGUCGAGAUCUUUUUCUGGCAAUUUCUUAUCCGGCGUCACGUGACCGACUUGAUCUAUGCCGUUCUCUACUCGGUGCGCCAAGCGUGGGUCAGUGUCUUCUUUUGGACAACAUGUCGUGCCGCGAUUCGGAGACUCAAGGUACCGCGCUGGCUGCGAACAAAUGUCUGCGCAAUGGAAGCGUACGUGUCGUGCCGCAGCACCAUCGUCGCCUUUAUGCUGGCGUGCCUCGGCACAGGGUUUCUUCGUGGCAGCCUCAUUCUCACACAGCGCCUUAACGUUGUUGAUAUGGGCAGCGGUAUGGCCGAGGCGCCUGUUUGGAGCUCCCAAGACAUGACCACCCUUCUCAUCUGCCACGGCUUUGCCAUCGCGCUCGGCGGUAGCUUUGGCGUCUGUAUCUGCCAGCUCUUGCGCUGGCGGUGUCCCGGCCACGAACGCAACUCGUUUGUGCGGGCCGUGCAGCAGCACCGGGUUGUUGCCGGCUUUGACAUUGCCCACCUCCUCGGCGGCUCUCGGUCCCUCAAUAUGGGCGGGCGUUGCGUCUUGCUACUGCCGCUCGCAGACCUCUACCACGUCUACGCGUCUGUCAACGUCCUACAAAGCACGUGCAUGCGACCGCUGCCUCGGAAUCUGCCACGAGGCAACGCGAUCGAGUGUGCGACGGACGCUGCAGGCGUGACCUUGCGCUGGAGUGACUCGGGGCUCCACGUUCCCGCGCUGGCCGAGCUCCAAGUCGACGCAACAGGCUAUAUCUACUGCGCCGUGGUGUAAUAUUGUCUUAUCGUAUAUCGAGUACACUGUAC